AAAGCGUGUGUAAGAGAGUCUAUUAUACCAAAGCCAAACACAGCCCAAACAAUGCCUUUGGUUUUACCCGUUCCACCCCUUUGACGGUUAUGGCUGUUCCAAAUUUUUCUUCAAAUCUUCAAUGGUCAAUAUUCAAAUCCUCACUCUUACUAUAAGAAAACAACGCAUUCUCUCUUUCUCUCUCUUCAAUUUGAAUGCUUCUCUCUUAGAAUAUUUCCUUUGGGGUCUAACCUUUGAACACUCUUUGUAUGAAAGCAAGGACCAUGACCCUUACGUUAUAUCAACACAAUCACACGCAUGAAACAUGAUAUAUCUAUGUGUUUGUAUCUAUCUAUAUAUAUUAGUAUUAUUAUUAGGUAUUAUAUAUACAUGAACAAACCCACUUGAAGACCCAUCAAUAUUUCUGUACGAAGUUUCAAACUUGAUAUUCAGAGGAGCUUAAUACACCUUACAAUUCACCAAAAAAAGCAACAUAGCCACCGUGAUUUCUUUGAUCUUUGAUUCCUUGGAGAUGGUGUUGGGUUGGAGAAGAAGGAAGAACAACAAGCACAGCAAAGGUGGCAAACCCAAUGUGGAGUUGGUGGUUCCAAACCACUUCAGGUGUCCAAUUUCCCUUGAUUUGAUGAAGGAUCCUGUGACAUUGUCAACUGGGAUCACAUAUGAUAGAGAGAGUGUUGAAAGGUGGUUUGAUGAAGGGAACUUCACUUGUCCUGUUACAAACCAAGUUGUGAGGAAUUUUGACAUGAUUCCUAAUCAUUCUCUUAGGAUAAUGAUUCAAGAUUGGUGUGUGGAAAAUAGGCAACAUGGGGUUGAGAGGAUUCCAACUCCAAGGAUACCAAUUAGUCCAAUUGAGGUUGCUGAGCUUAUUCUUCAAGUGAAGGAUUCAGCAAAGGGUUUGGACCAAUAUGGAUGCCUGGAAUUGGUGCAGAAAAUGAAGAGAUGGGGUGGUGAGAGUGAGAGGAAUAAGAGGUGCAUAGUUGACAAUGGAGCACCUGGGGCAUUGGCUUCAGCUUUUGAUGUAUUUGCAAAUGAUUCUGUUGAGAGGAAUGUGGUUGUUCUUGAGGAGAUUUUGUCUGCACUCAAUUGGAUGUUUCCACUUCAAUUGGAAGCUCAGAAAUCCUUGGGAUCUUUGGCUUCUUUACGUUGCAUGGUUUGGUUCUUGAAGCACCAAGAUCUUUCGGGGAAAGAAAAGUCCAUUGUGGCAUUGAAGGAGCUUCUUUCCUUUGGUGAUGAACAACAUGUGAAGGCUUUGUUAGAAAUUGAAGGGGUCUAUGAGCUCUUGGUGGAGUUCAUCAACAAGAGGAUUAGUCCAACUAUCACAAAGGCUUCAUUGAGGGUAGUUUGGUACCUUGUUUCAUCCUCUUCUAAUUCCAGUGAUAAGAUGAAAUUGUCAUUUGUUGAAUUGGGUUUGGUUCCUUUUUUGCUUGACAUUCUCAUUGACUCAGAAAAGAGCCUUUGUGAGAAGGCUUUGGCUAUUUUGGACUCACUUUGUAGCUGUGAAGAAGGGAGGGAGAAAGCUUAUGGUAAUGAUUUAACAAUUCCUUUGUUGGUGAAGAAGAUAUUGAGAGUUUCAGCAUUGACCACAGAUUAUUCUGUUUCUGCUAUCUGGAAACUUUGCAAGUUUGGAGAGAAAGGUGAAGGAAGAGCUCUUGUUGAGGCUCUUCAAGUUGGUGCUUUUCAGAAGCUCUUGUUGGUGUUGCAAGUUGGUUGUGGUGAUGAGACCAAGGACAAAGCAACUGAACUUCUCAAAUUGCUGAAUCCUUACAGGGCCGAAUUGGAAUGCAUAGAUUCAGAUUUCAAGAACCUCAAGAGGUCCUUCUAAGUUUAUGAUCAUUUUCAACUUAGAAGUUUAGUAUUGAAUUUUGUGCAAAAAUUUUUGGCCUAACUAUGAAUAUCUGCAAUUUGUGUCAUGGGAUUCAAAGAAUCCAAAAAUUAAUAGAUAGGGAACCUGUAGAAUAUUUAUUCUUUUUGUAUAUCUCAAUAAAA